AUGAACCUAGAAAAUUGCGCAUUCAAGCAGAUUAGUGAGUCCCAUAACGAGAUUUUGACAGAAGCUUUCUCGGAAGCAGAGGUGAAGAAGGCGGUAUGGGAGUGUGAUAGUGCAAAAAGUCCAGGGCCAGAUGGGGUGAAUCUCGGAUUCGUGAAGGAUUUCCGGGGAGAGCUAAAGGUCGAUUUUGUGAAUUUGUUGAGUGAGUUCCAUGCAAAUGGAUGCAACUAUAAAAUGGUGGCAAAAGUCUUGGCAAAUAGGUUAAAGAAGGUGAUAGUAGAAGUGAUAUCCGAAAACCAAUAUGCCUUCAUCGAAGGACGUCAAAUUUUGGAUGUUUUGUCCGCUCUCCCUGUCUACAGGGAUAUAAGUGACAGGGGGUUGGGGGUCAAGAAUUUGAAAAUAUUUAACAUGGCUCUAAUUGGGAAAUGGCUUUGGAGAUUUAAAUCUGAUAAUAACGACCUUUGGGUUGAAGUCUUAGGUCUAAUAUAUGGGAACCUCGUAUGUACUCGUAGAGAAACCUUAGGUAAAGAUUCCAUUUUGUGGAGAGACUUGGAAUCCCUUGACAGAACCAGGUGGGGAGUUAGAGUUAACUGGUUUUUAGAGAAUUUAGAUAAUAAUUCCGGUUCGGGUUGGAGUUGGGGUGGAUCAAAAGGCAUUUGGCAUGAGGUUUGUUACUGGAUGAAUCUGCAUAUUGAUAAUACUCGUGAUCUAGCAGCAAACUUUGAAAAUUUUACAAGUCUGCUGGGAGAAAGAGGAAGAUCAAUGAAGUAUUUGACUAGUAUUUGGGCCGAUGUUGCUUGGACGAUUUGGAAAGCAAGGAAUAACAUAAUUUUUAAAGGGAAGGAUCUCGAGAUUGAUAGUCUAUUUGAAGAAGCGAAGAUCUUGCCGUGGAGCUGGAUUCGCUAUAAUUCAAAGCGGUUUUGGUUUUUUCUGGUCAUUCUAUCUGUUGCAUUUGAUGGUAAUGGCGUUUUGGCUUUGAUGGUAUUUUCUGCAAUUCCUAAGGUUUCAGCGGCUGAAGUAGCUUUCGCUAUUGUCAAUGUGUGGGUUGGUGAAAUUUCCCUCGCUUCAUUAUCGGUGAUAUUUUGA